CCGCACUGCGCCAGCAUGGACGGGGUGGACCUGUGGGCCCGCACCCUGGCCCAGCUGAUGGCCAAGAGGAAGCCCCAGGACACCUGGGAGCUGCUGGCUGAGGAUGACCUGGCUGCAGGGCACUUGGACAGCACUGGCUACCAGUACCGGCUCAGGGGGCUCUCGAGGCUGCAGUGUGGCCGCUGCCAGUGGGGCUGGUCCUCAGCGCACGUGCACAUCCUCUUCCACCUGUGGUGGGACCCAGCCAGCCGGCUGGGGCUGGUGAAGAUGCGCGUCUGGGGCCAGCAGUGCCGGCUGUGCCCGGCUGAGGCAGCCGCCCAGUGCCAGGUGAGCCUGCUCAACGUGCGGCUCUUCCUCAGCAAGCUGGUGCUCUUCAUCCUGCAGCGCUGCUACCGCGAGGGCCUCAGCGCAGACCAGUGCCCCGAGGUCUGCUUCGGGGAGCGCUGUCAGGCCUGCGACCUGGGCGUCUGCUUCUUCCAGAAGCCCCUGGACCCCGCCUGGGGCCCCGAGGCCGAGACGCCCGGCACCAUCAAGGGCAGGUACACGCUGUACAGCGACAGCGGCUGGGCGGCCCUUGCCUCUGGCCAGCAGCUGCUCAGCCUCAGCAGCGGCCCGGUGGUGGAGCGGGCCCGGGGUGGCGCCCCCAACUCCCUCCCCAUCCCCUUCUCCGUGUCUGACUUCAUCCGGAGCCCGCUGGCCAAGAGCAGCACCUUCUUCAGCGAGGAUGACGUGGUCACCAUCCCCUUCUCCCUGGUGGGCGCGGCCAGGCUCCAGGGGCCGCGCGACUACGGCCUCACGGUGGGCCCGGGGGGCCUGCUCCCCAUCGGCCAGGGCUCCAUCUACCUGCCCGCCAAGUCCAUGGCCGCGCCGCGGGGCCGAGGCCUCCCGAUCAGCAUCAAGGAGCCCGUCUUCCGGGGCAAGGGCAUCCUCCUCAACGCCAAGCCCUUCGAGGUCAGGGGCUUCAUCUUCAAAGGCCGGGGGGCCAUGUCCACCCCAGCCAGCGAAGCCCUGCCCGUGUCCUACAUCAUCGGCCUCAUGGACAACGGGGAGGGUUCCAUCACCUUCCCCCUGUCCCUGGCCACCAUCCUCACCGGCAAGGAUCCCUUCAGCGACGCCGAGGGCGCCAUCACCUUCCCCUUCAUCUUCACUGAUGACGUGAAUGGCCAGGACAUCAUGACCGGCCGUGCCAAGGGGGCGCGCGUGCGGGGCGCGGCCGCCAGGGACGACCCCGUGUCCAUGAGCAAGGGCUCCAUCACCCUCCCCUUCCUGGUCUUCGACGUCAUCAAGCGCAGGGGCCCCCUGGCCGAGGCCCUGGUCGCUCGCUACUACCGCAAGCGGAGGCGGCCCCGGUCGCGGUCCCACCGCGCGGGCCCCGGCUUCCACCGCGAGGACUUCUGCUGCGGGCCGGGCUGCUGCGGGCCGCGCUCCGACGCCUGCGAGGAGACGUGGAUCUGGGUGUCCAUGAUCCUCUUCAUCCUCUGGGUGAUCUACCUGCACAAGGUCAGCCCCGACACGCCCCAGCGCUUCUGA